AUGUCCAAAGAGCAGCCAUUCGCAGAAUUCUCCGACGAGGAGGUCUCCUCUUCGGAGUCCGAGCAGUCUGAACUCGAGGAGACACCCCGCCAGCGCAAACCGAAGCCAGUCUUCGACGAGAAGGAUUCAGACGAGGAGGAGCUCGAGCGAUUGGUCCUGGGAGGAAAGGCCGACUUCCGCGAACAACUCUUCCGCAACGAUGUGCUUGGCGAUAUCGAACGAUUGGAGAAGGAGCAGAACCAACAACUUGUUAAGCAGGACGAGCCCACACUAGAGGACGUCGCCGAUCACGACCUCUUCUUCCUCGACACAGGUGCUCCCUCGGCCAAGGGCUCGCAGGCUGGCAAGGGUGCCAAGCAGGAGCCCACUGCGGCGGCCGCAGAUGCCCCGGCGUGGGAGGACAGCGACGACGAGCGAUUGAGCGUUUCUCUGGCGAAUGCGACGAGGUUACGGAAACUGAGAAUCAGCGAGGGCGAGGACGUGGUCAGCGGCUCCGAGUACAGCAGAAGACUGCGACAACAAUACCUCCGACUCAACCCCCUCCCGAAGUGGGCGCAAGCAUCCGAAGAACGCCCCGCGAAGAGGAGAAGAAGAUCCUCCGCCGCCGCCUCCGAUUCCUCCAUCAGCUCUGACGAGGAGGGCAGCGACUCAGAUGUCUCCGCCGAGCCUCUCGAGAAGUUCCUCCGCGACGUCCAGCGCCUCGCCGGCAGGGACUCGACAGCCAGGGCUCGCCUCAGGCCAGAGACCAUCGACAUCCAGCGCACGCGCGACAUUCCCGAUACCCACAAGGCCGCCGUCAACAACCUCUCCUUCCACCCCAAGUACCCCGUCCUUCUCUCCUCCAGCACCUCGUCCGUGCUCUACCUGCACCACCUCAACCCUACGGCCCACCCGACACCGAACCCGAUGCUCACCUCCGUUCAGGCCAAGGGCGUCGACGUGCGCCGGGCCGAGUUCCUGUACCCCGCGGGCGACCAGGUCUUCUUCGCCGGCCGCCGCAGGUACUUCCACAGCUGGAACCUCGAGUCCGGACACGUGCAGAAGACGUCGCAGAUCCAGGGCCACCGGCUCGAGCACAAGUCCAUGGAGAGGUUCAAGCUCAGCCCCUGCGGACGGUACAUCGGUCUCGUCGCGUCUACGAAGAAGGGCGGCGGUAUCAUCAACAUCAUCAGCACCGACUCCCGACAGUGGAUCGCCGCUGCCCGCCUCGACAGCAGGCACGGUGUUGCGGACUUUGUUUGGUGGAGAAACGGCGAGGGUCUGGCGAUUCUCGGCAAGGAUGGCUCUAUCGGCGAGUACAGCAUGGCUCAGCGCAAGUUCCUCGCCAUCUGGCGCGACGACGGCUGCGUGGGUGGUAUCGUCAUCGGCCUGGGAGGUCACCAGGGCCCCGAGGUGUUGGGCGAGGACCGGUGGGUGGCCAUUGGUUCCUCCAGCGGUAUCACCAACAUCUACGACCGCCAAACACUCGUCAAGACGUCCGCCGCUGGCGAGACAAGCUUCGUGGAGCGUCCUGAGCCGACUCGUAUCCUCGAGCAGCUCAUUACGCCCAUCUCGGUGAUCACGUUCUCUCCCGACGGCCAGCUGAUGGCGUUUGGCUCUUACGAAAAGAAGGAUGCGCUGCGUCUGGUCCACCUGCCGACCUGCACCGUUUACAGGAAUUGGCCUACAGAGCAGACGCCACUGGGCAGGGUCACAUGCGUUGCGUUCGGAAGGCAGAGUGAUGUACUUGCUGUCGGUAACGACACUGGCAAGAUUAGGAUGUGGGAGAUAAGGAGCUAA